AUCUGAACGGGGGGGAAAGGAUUUUUGUGUGUGGUGAAGGGGGGUUGUUCCCCCCCGUCUCUCUCUGUGUGUGUCCCUGCCCCCCCCCCCACCAGCACCACCAUGGCUUCCCCUCUGAGGGAGGACGAGGAAGAGGAGGAGGAGAUGGUGGUGUCUGAGGUGGAGGGGGAUGAAGAAGAAGAGGAGGAAGAGGAGGAGGAAGAAGGAGCAGGGGACAACAGCCCAAGCGACAUAUUCCCGCCUGCUGCUGCUCCACUGGCACCAGCACCAGCAGCAUCAACUCCACCAGCAGCUGCGGUUCCUCCAGACGAAGAAGAUGGGGAUCUCAGGAACCUGGAGAGCGCCCUGGGCGUCAAGAAGAAGAAAAGGGGUCCCCGCAAACAGAAGGAGAACAAGCCGGGGAAGCCCCGGAAGCGCAAAAAAUUAGUGAGUGAGGAUGAGUUUGAGUCGGACCGGGAGGAGUUCCGGGAGAAGUCGGAGAGCGGGAGCAGCGACUAUGGAGGGGUAGCCAAGAAGAAGCGGCGGAAGCACCGGGAGAAGAAGGAGAAAAAGACCAAACGCCGGAAAAAGGUGGAUGGUGAUGCAGGCCAGAAAGUAAAGCAGGUGGAGCAGAAGUCCUCGGCCCAGCUGCUCAUGACCUGGGGGCUGGAAGACGUGGACCACGUAUUCUCCGAGGAGGAUUAUCACACGCUCACCAACUACAAAGCCUUCAGCCAGUUCAUGAGGCCUCUCAUUGCCAAAAAGAACCCCAAGAUCCCCAUGUCCAAGAUGAUGACCAUCCUGGGCGCCAAGUGGCGGGAGUUCAGCGCCAACAACCCCUUCAAGGGCUCGGCAGCGGCUGUGGCGGCGGCAGCAGCGGCGGCGGCAGCUGCCGUGGCUGAGCAGGUGUCGGCCGCCGUCUCGGCCGUGACUACCGAGCCGCAGCCCGUUCCCAUCCGCAAAGCCAAAACCAAAGAAGGGAAAGGGCCGGGUCACAAAAGGCGGAGCAAGAGCCCUCGCGUGCCGGAGAUGAAGAGGAAGAUGAAGGGGAAGAGGAUGGCUCCCCUGAAGAUCAAGCUGGGCAUGAUCGGGGGGAAGCGGAAGAAGAGCAGCUCUCAUGUGUUUCAGAGCGACGAGGUGGGCGAGAUGGAGGAGGAGUCUGACGUCGACAACUCCAGCGUCCACAGCUCCUCGGUGCGCUCCGACAGCUCGGGGCGGGUCAAGAAACUCAAGCGGGGCCGACCCGGCAGGAAAAGGAAGAAGGCGAUCUCUGCAAUCCCAGUCCAGGAUCGGGGGCCCGUGGUGCUGGGCGCUGCGCAGACGCAUGUGCCGGGCGAGGAGGAGGUUGAUGGCUACGAGACGGACCACCAGGACUACUGCGAGGUGUGCCAACAGGGUGGCGAGAUCAUCCUCUGCGACACCUGCCCCAGGGCCUAUCACCUGGUGUGUCUGGACCCCGAACUCGACAAGGCGCCCGAGGGCAAAUGGAGUUGUCCCCACUGCGAGAAGGAGGGGGUGCAGUGGGAAGCCAAGGAGGAAGACGAGGAGUACGAGGAAGAGCUGGAGGAGGAAGGCGAGAAGGAGGAGGAGGACGACCACAUGGAGUACUGCCGGGUCUGCAAGGACGGCGGGGAGCUGCUGUGCUGUGACGCCUGCAUCUCCUCCUACCACAUCCACUGCCUCAACCCGCCGCUGCCCGAGAUCCCCAACGGCGAAUGGCUCUGCCCUCGCUGCACGUGCCCUGUGCUGAAGGGCCGGGUCCAGAAGAUCCUGCACUGGCGCUGGGGGGAGCCGCCCCCGCCCGUGCUGGUGCCCCGGCCGCCCGACGCCGCCGCGGACGAGCCCUCGCCCAAGGCGCUGCAAGGGCGCUCGGAGCGGGAGUUCUUCGUCAAGUGGGUUGGCCAGUCGUACUGGCACUGCUCCUGGGCCAAGGAGCUGCAGCUGGAGAUCUUCCACCUGGUGAUGUACCGCAACUACCAGCGCAAGAACGACAUGGACGAGCCGCCCCCGCUAGACUACGGCUCCGGCGAGGACGACGGCAAGAGCGAGAAGCGGAAGAGCAAAGACCCGCUCUAUGCCCAGAUGGAGGAACGCUUCUACCGCUACGGCAUCAAGCCCGAGUGGAUGGCCAUUCACCGCAUCAUCAACCACAGCAUCGACAAGAAGGGGAACUACCACUACCUGGUGAAGUGGCGCGACCUGCCCUACGACCAGUCCACGUGGGAGGAGGACGAGAUGGCCAUCCCCGACUUCGACUUCCACAAGCACGCCUACUGGAGACACAGGGAGCUGAUCAUGGGUGAGGACCCGGCCCAGCCCCGCAGGUACAAGAAGAAGAAGAAGGAGAUGCCAUUGGAGGGCCCCCCAAACUCCCCCACCAACGACCCCACGGUGAAGUACGAGACCCAGCCACGGUUCAUCACCUCCACAGGUGGGACCCUGCACAUGUACCAGCUGGAGGGACUCAACUGGCUGCGCUUCUCCUGGGCCCAGGGCACCGACACCAUCCUGGCCGACGAGAUGGGCCUCGGCAAGACCAUCCAGACCAUUGUCUUCCUCUACUCCCUUUACAAGGAGGGUCACACCAAAGGCCCCUUCCUGGUCAGCGCCCCACUCUCCACCAUCAUCAACUGGGAGCGGGAGUUCCAGAUGUGGGCGCCGAAGUUCUACGUCGUGACGUACACGGGCGACAAGGACAGCCGCUCCAUCAUCCGUGAGAACGAGUUCUCCUUCGAGGACAAUGCCAUGAAGGGCGGGAAGAAGGCUUUCAAAAUGAAGAGGGAAGCUCAGGUGAAGUUCCACGUGCUGCUCACAUCCUACGAGCUGGUCACCAUCGACCAGGCGGCGCUGGGCUCCAUCCGCUGGGCCUGCCUGGUGGUGGACGAGGCUCAUCGACUGAAGAACAACCAGUCCAAGUUCUUCAGGGUGCUGAACGGUUAUAAGAUCGACCACAAGCUGCUGCUGACGGGGACGCCGCUGCAGAACAACCUGGAGGAGCUUUUCCACCUGCUCAACUUCCUCACGCCGGAGCGCUUCAAUAACCUGGAGGGAUUCCUGGAGGAGUUUGCUGACAUCUCCAAGGAAGACCAGAUCAAGAAGCUGCACGACCUGUUGGGCCCUCACAUGCUCCGGCGCCUCAAGGCCGACGUCUUCAAGAACAUGCCGGCCAAGACGGAGCUGAUCGUGCGUGUGGAGCUGAGCCCCAUGCAGAAGAAAUACUACAAAUACAUUCUGACCCGCAACUUCGAGGCCCUCAACUCCCGAGGGGGCGGAAACCAGGUCUCCCUGCUCAACAUCAUGAUGGACCUCAAGAAGUGCUGCAACCAUCCCUACCUCUUCCCCGUGGCUGCGAUGGAAUCCCCCAAGCUGCCCAGCGGUGCCUACGAGGGUGGGGCCCUCAUCAAAUCCUCCGGCAAGCUGAUGCUACUCCAGAAGAUGCUGCGGAAGCUGAAGGAGCAGGGGCACCGGGUGCUAAUCUUCUCACAGAUGACGAAAAUGCUGGACCUGCUGGAGGAUUUCCUGGACUACGAAGGCUACAAGUACGAGCGGAUCGACGGUGGGAUCACUGGGACGUUGCGGCAAGAGUUCAAGGCCUACGUCUCCCUCUUCAUGAGGCACCUGUGCGAGCCCGGGGCGGACGGCUCGGAGACCUUCGCCGACGGCGUUCCCAGGGAGGGGCUGUCCCGGCAGCAGGUCCUGACACGCAUCGGCGUCAUGUCGCUAGUGAAGAAGAAGGUGCAGGAGUUCGAGCACAUCAACGGGCGGUGGAGCAUGCCUGAGCUCAUGCCUGACCCCAGCGCCGACUCCAAGCGCUCGUCCCGCGCCUCCUCGCCAACCAUCAAGACCUCCACCACCACUCCCGAGCCCAGCUGCACCAACACGCCCUGCACCUCCAAGCCAGCCACGCCAGCCCCCAGCGAGCGCGGGGACGGGACGGGGCCACUGCCCGAGAAGGAGGAGCCGGAGAGCAAGGAGCCGGAGAAGGAACCGAAAAGCAACGAGCGGAUGGAGACGGAGGGUCCUGCUCUGGAGCAGCCAACACCCACCACCUCCCCCGGGGAGAAGAGCGAGCCGAAAGCGGACGAGGAAGAGCCCAUGGUGCUGGGGGAGAAGGAGCCGGAGGCAGAGCCAUUGGUCAAGGAGGAGAAGGAGAAGUCGGGUGCCGGGCCGGAAGAGCCGGUGGCGGAGAAGGCUGAAGAGAGACCUGCUGACAGCGAUGAGCCCAAGGAGAAGGGGGAUGGGGAAGGGUCCGAGGUGAAGAAAGAAGAGGUGAAGAUGGAGAAGGAAGCUGGCAAGGAGCCCAAGCCGGGCAACAUCAAGGAGGAGAGCAAGGCCAACGGGCGGAAGGAAGACAAGGCCGACAAGCCCCGGUUCAUGUUCAACAUCGCGGAUGGUGGCUUCACAGAGCUGCACACGCUGUGGCAGAACGAGGAGCGGGCAGCCAUCUCCUCCGGGAAGCUGAAUGAGAUCUGGCACCGUCGCCACGACUACUGGCUACUGGCUGGCAUCGUGCUGCACGGCUAUGCUCGCUGGCAGGACAUCCAGAACGACGCCCAGUUCACCAUCAUCAACGAGCCCUUCAAAACCGAGGCCAACAAGGGGAAUUUCCUGGAGAUGAAGAACAAGUUCCUGGCCAGGAGGUUCAAGCUCCUGGAGCAGGCGCUGGUGAUCGAGGAGCAGCUGCGCCGAGCCGCCUACCUGAACAUGACCCAGGACCCCAGCCACCCGGCCAUGGCGCUCAACACCCGCUUUGCCGAGGUCGAGUGUCUGGCCGAGAGCCACCAGCACUUGUCCAAGGAGUCCCUGGCUGGCAACAAGCCUGCCAACGCCGUACUUCACAAGGUGCUCAACCAGCUGGAGGAGCUGCUGAGCGACAUGAAGGCCGACGUGACACGCCUGCCGGCCACGCUGUCCCGCAUCCCGCCCAUCGCCGCCCGCCUCCAGAUGUCCGAGCGCAGCAUCCUUAGCCGCCUGGCCAACAAGGGCAACGAGACGCAGACCGCCCCGGCCUUCCCACCGGGCCCAUACGCCACCCCCCAGAGCUUCGGGGGCUCCUUCAGUGCCGGAGCCCUGCCCACGGGGGGGGCCAACUACAGCCACAUGCCCGCCGGGUCCUUCAUCACAGCCGCCACCAACGGCCCCCCGGUGCUGGUGAAGAGGGAGCGGGACGCCGAGCCCCUGGAGAAAAAGGAGCCCCGGGCCGGCGAGGUGAUCUGUAUCGACGACUGAGGGGGACCCCUCCCCUCCCGCGGGCAGGGGGCAGCCCCCUCCCCCCCUCUCUCUUUCCCCGGGGGAGGGGGGCACUAAACCUGCCUCGACCCUGCUCUGUCCAGAUGGGACCCCCCUCCCCCCCCCACCUCCUGGGGGGUGGGUACGUAGCCUGGGCGGGUGACGGGGGGGUCCUGCGCUUGGACCCCCGCCCUGCCGGCUAUUCUAUAAAUAUGAAUAUAUAUAUAUAUAUAUACACACAUACUGUAUGGGGUGCACACCGCCAGCCUCUCCCCUCAGCACCCCACUGUGGGGGCAGCCCCCCCCCCCCAGCCUGGGAAGGUCACCCCCCAUCCCAAAGCGGGGCAGGGGGGCAGUUCUACCUCGCUGCGGUCUGGCUUGGAGGGGGCUGGGCGGGUGGGAGCGCGCCGGGAGUCACUCCGGAUUGUCGCCAGUUCGCAUCACUUCUUGUUUAAACUGCGCGGAAUAAAGGCACCGUUUCCUUGGCUACG